AUGGCCAGUGUGUCCUUGAGAGAUGCCUUGGAAGGCAUUCAGUCCGGCGCGGUCAAGGCGCGCAGCGAUGGCAUCCGGGACUUGAAGCAUAUUCUCGACUACAACCGCAACAGCGCCAGGAUCGGCGAGCUGAGAGACGGCGAAUAUAACACCAUCCUCGAGACCUUGUACAACUGUGCUGACAAGGAGAAGCGAAAUGCUCUGAACGGCAAGACCGCGACUGCUCGCACCUCAGCCUCGAAUAAGCUGGCCGACAUCUCCAAUGCUCUGCGGCACACUAUCGAAGCAUCUGUCCAGGUCUUGAAGCCCAAGACUAUCAGCGCGCUGUUGAACCAUAUCCAGGACACGAUUUUCAUUCGAAAAACUGAGUUCUGCAUGCCUGUGGCUCUCGAUUAUGUCAAAUCCAUGAGGGCUGUAUUCGAGUACCAACCACAUGUGGUCUCACUGCAGGAAGACGGCAGCGGCGAGGAUUGCAGAUGGGAUGCCUUAGCAUUGUUUUGCAUGGACUGCAUAAGUAAGAUUGAGCAAGACCAGCCUUCCGAUGGCGAUCUCCUGUCGACAGCCGGGACUACGAACGGUUUCAGCGUCCGUUCUUCGCGCUCGGUCGUCAAAGAGUCAGCAGGCUCACAGGGAGGUCGUCCUUCUCUCCGCCCGAUUGCGGAAGAAAUGGUGGCAUGCAUUCGUUACCUGACAGCUGUGCCCACAGUCCCACUCAAGAGAAAAGCCGAGCCUCUACUCUGGACUAUCAUUGAGGCAUUACAAAAGUCAACUGUCUCUCACAAAUCAUGGGCGCAUGCAUUUGCCGCCAUUAACAACAUUAUUUGCUGGUCGCGGACAGAGGACAUCAAUUGCACCAGGAAAUUCGUUAGCCACAUCGUCAAGAUGAUCAGACAUUUGUGGAGAUCCAAUGUCACCAAGGAUGCCACCUGCCAGAUGCUAGUCACGCUUUUGCUGCUGGAACCUUACAUUCUGCUUUCCAUGCAGCAGUCCGCUAGCCUGACUCUUCGACCCGAGCUCACCGGCCUUUUACAUGGCCUCCAGGCAGACUACAACAAGCGAAAGGAACGCGAACAAUUGCGCCUCGAUGAUCUCCGGCUGGAAAUCAACCCAAGAAAUGUUCCACAUGGCAAAGUUGCAACGCCACUCCUCACUUUAAGGUGUCUGGGACUUCAGACAGAGUCGAAUUGGCUAGUAGUGCACAUCAUGGCAUUCCUGCACCGUGCCAUUCUUCCGCGAUCUGCCACAUCUGACGAGCUCGAGCAAGCUUCAGAGCGUGAAGAAGAGGCGGACAUUAGCCAACGUCCUCGAAAGCGUCAACGCACCGAGGACGAUUUCACCAAGCUGGUCUCAGCGAUCACUUUCGGAACACAGCAGGAGCGAACGUGUGCGCUACAAACGGUCGCAUUUCUAGCGCCACGAAUGCGCUUCAGCUUCACCCAGUUAAGAAGACUGCUCGAUAGCGCUGCAGUGAGUUGCAGCGAUGAGAAUGGAGUGAUUUCCUCCUGGGCAUACAUCACCUGUGCGUCCUGCGCCUCGCAAAUUAAUGCUUCCGACCGGCAACUUUCUGCACGCUUCUCUUCAAUCUGGCAGCUCGCCCUUCGCUCGAUCAGCAACCCUUCAUCUUCGCGAGCGGCAUCCUUCUCGUUGUUCGUGCUGUUCAGGCUCCGGCGAGUCUCAUCGCAACAUGUGACAGAGUUGCUGCAAAUUACCGAAAGCAUGGAUCUGAAUGGUCCCAGUCAGAUGUCGGACGGCGCGAUCUGCUUGUUAAGUGUCGUCCUCGAAGCCUCACAAGAGCUUAGUCCAGCUGCCGGCACUCGCGCAGCGGAUGCGGCUGCUGGAUGGCUGUCACGCUGCUUCACACCUAGCCGUCUGGAAGACAAACAUUACACCGGGGCUUGCAACUCCUAUGAUUCUUCUGAUGUCCUCUCGCUGAUAACGUCUUGCGACGAAGAACUUAUCACAUACUUACUUCUCGCCAGCGACGAAGGCUCCGUCUUAGACGACAAGCUGUUGUCUUCAGGCAUUGAUGCAAGUAUCACACCCAAGCAGUCGACACGUCCAUCUGUGGAAACGCUGCUCAUGAGUCAUCUGUCUUCCGAACUCUCGCGGACGAUUGACACGUUUACCGGUCUCGUACGCUCGCGGCAAGUCACCAUGGAUGCUUUCAAUACACUAUGCAAAGCCUGUGUGUCUUUCAUGUGCGCUUCUACCUGCGUUACUUUCAGAGACUCGCGAAAACAUGAGCAAUUGCAUCAAAGCACUAAGAAGCUGCUGGGACACGUACAAGAUUUUGUUGCUACACCAAGUACAGAUCAAGAUAAGGCUGACAUCUUCUUGUCGGUCUUUACAUCUACCUUUCCAUAUCUGAGAGGCGCAGAGCAGCAAUCAAACCGCGCAGAACGGUCCGGGUGCCAAAUGCUGGCGUGUGCGACCAUCAAGGAAGCGAUGACCCGGCGACAGAGUGCGGACAUCGUCAACGGUGAUGAUGACUUCAUGGAUCUUGAUGAGACAUUUGACUCACAAGACAGUCGCCCAGGUCAGAACAGUAUUGUCCAAGCAAUACCCUAUAGCGACCUCGAUGCAGCAUAUAGCUUAUCGACGCUAAGAAGCAGCAGCAUGCUCUAUUCAACGGCUGCCAUUACUAUCCAAAACCAAUCAACUGCUCCGACGGCGGUCAUGGCAUCGACUCAUAUCACGGACUUUAUUUUGGAGCUUCCGGUCGAUGCUAUUCUAUCAUGCCGAGACGUGAUAUCCUCAUUACCGUCGAUGGGCCUUGUCCUCGGCGCCAGCGAUACCACUCGCUUGAUGACCCUCUACCUGGACCUCCUCGCCAAGUCGACCUACAAGGCUUCUGAAGUGGCCAUGGGCUCACUCUUGGAUGUCAUGCUGAGUCUGCUCGGUGUCUGGACUGAUCCUCACAAUAGGGACGCUCACAAUCUCGGCUUAGAUGCUUACGAAUGGUUGAUCACUGUGGCCGUGCCUAAAGAACUUGUUUCGCACAAUGUGGUCAAGCGUUUGAUGAAUAUUCUCAUUCAGCUUUUCAAGAUCGACGCAAAAUAUGGUCUCAAUACCGAGGCCAACACUCCACGCCUCGUCUUGUUCGAGCUCCUCAAGACUGCGCCCGUUACAGCACAGUUUGAGUUGACGGACCGGAUUCCUGAGAUUUUCGGCCUCUACGUGCUGUCCCAGCAUGAAACAAUUUUUGACGAGCUGCUUCAUGAUCUCAUGCAUAAUCAGGACUGGUUCGAAGGAACUGUGAUUCGACUACGCUUUUUCGCCAAAUUGGGUUCCAGUUGGCCUUCGUUACUACGUCGAUGCGUAUGGCUUUUAUUUGACAGUGCAGGAAAUAUUAAGGAUGCUUCCGCUCAUGCCAAGAUCUGUAUCAGUCAACUCGCAUCUGCUCUUCCUUUGCGUCAGCCUCGGGUGCUAUUCACGCUUUUUGCGCCUCAGCUUCUCUGGUCAUGGACUGGCGGUCAGCUUGGACUGGAGGACUUGCCUUUCGAAGCAUUUGAGUAUGAUUCGGUCCAUGAUCUCUUGCGGGCGAAUGAGUCCGAGGCAUUGGCUCAGAUCACAUUGCAAGGCAACGAGAAAGCCAUGGACGUGGUGACGAGAGCCGUGAGGAUGAUGGCACGAGAUGCUGUGAAGCGCUCAUACGCCAAGUGCCUAGCCUAUUGCAUGGCGUACGAUGUUUCCAACCCAAGAGAGCCGGGAGCAAAGAGCAAUCCAUCUGAAGAGCGACUGCGAGAAGCCAUCGGAGGAAGAGUCGAGCAUCAGAAACUGCUGAUCCGGCAUUUCCCUGCCAUUGUGGGACACUUCUACCUACUUAUGAAGACUGACGAUGUUGGCGAUACCUGGCUCGCAAAACGCGAUGGCUAUGCUGAGAUGGCCAAAGCAUUAAAAGACAUGAAGGUGUACAGCCAUUCCGAGCGCAGUUUGCCCGAGACCCAGGAUCCUUGCGUCAGCGAUCGUUACUUGCCCGAUGAGUUAGAAAGACUAUACAAGCGCACGCAACUUCAGGUCACAGACUUGUGGUCGCCGUCGUCAUUUUCUUUGACAGCUCGAAUGCUUGUCAACGAGAUAGAUGAGUCUCUCGGCUCUUUGCACACAUGCCUCAUUAUUCGUCGUCUGCGCAUCUUCAUCGCCAUGAGCGGUGAACUUGCCACUGAUGGCUUUGGUCUGGAAAUGUUGAUACACUCUUUGCGCCCUUUCGUGAGUGACAGCGAAUGUGCCGAUGACGCGCUAGGUGUGCUCCAAUAUCUCUUCAAUAGCAGCAGAUCAUACCUACGGGGUUGUCUGCCUUUUGCGACUGGAGCUAUCAUCUUGCUUAUCCUAACAAUGAGGAAACACACCCAACUGGCAGCCGACCGCACUACCCAGGAAAGUCAGCGCACGGCCACUAUUGAGAAGAUGAUUUCCUUUCAGAAAUGGCUAGUGGACUGCUUGGCGGCACUUACCAGAGAAGAGCCCGAUACUACUUACAAACCGCUCCUGGCAUCGCUUCGCGGAAUCCAGCUACCGGGCAACGGCAGAUUGGGUAGCUCAGAGAGCAAAUUGCUGCUGUUCUUGCUAGAUCAGUGGCGAUCAGGAGAACCACUUUGUUCGCGACAAGACAUUCUUGAAGCUCUCGCACUCCUCGCCGAAGGGUUCAUCUGGCCAGACAGCUUGUCUGAGGACUGCUUAGGAUUGGAUAAGGAUACAGUGCACUAUGUUCAGCCUCUCUGGGAAGUCCUGAACACCUCAGCAUUGAGUGACAAGUUCGUAGCCUGGGCAGGAGAGGCUAUCGGAAGGGCAUAUGCAUGCACGGGGAUCCGUCCAGAAGAAUCAAAAGGUCAAGAAUUUACCAUGCUGAAAGAACUUCCCAAGGGCAUGGUCAGCCCCACGACUACUUCAAAUUCAACCAUCAUCAAGCACAUCUGCCAAACUUUGUACUCAAGGAAGCGCUCAGAGGCUGGGCUCGCAGAGUUCACUCUGCGCAAAAUCCAAGAGUCUUUCGCGUCCGCAGGAGAUUCUGACGAGGCCGUUGAGUUUUCACAGCUACUUCCAGACGCUGUCUGCGCAGCAAUAUGUGAUGGCACCUUUGGCUGGAACCCAACGCCAUCGCAACUCGAACCCGAUGCAGCCAAUGCAGAAUCAUUGCGACAGGCCCUUGAAGCACCUACCAAUGAUUCUAUCGAUCAAUGGGCCAGCAGACUUGCGAAGUUAAUCAGUGCCUGGUCCGCAAACAACGCGAUUGUUUACUCUCUUGCUCCUCUCGUACAGAACAUCAAUGGUCUGGCGGUCCAGCUUCUACCAAGCAUGAUACACAUCUGUCUGCAUAACGAACUGAACUCAGUACCCUCGCUUCGCCAAAUCCUCUCAGAGGUCAUCGGCGUCUGCAUGCCAGAUGAGAGCAAAGCACAGCUGCCGAAGCAAAAGUUCUUCUUGGAAAUCUUGCUCUAUCUGCGCAGUCAGGAACUGCCGGGAGAAGCCACGAAGGCUGAUCGACUUAAUUGGCUCGAUGUCGAUUUUGUGGUUGCCGCAGGAGCGGCUUCACGCUGUCGUAUGCCCGCUUGCGCAUUACUCCUUGCCGAAUCCGCGGCUCCUGUGGCCGUCCCACAACCAAAUCGAAGGUCAACUAGCAGAGCGUCUACAUCGCAGCUGCAGCCGGCACCCAUACCAGAAGAGCUUCAGAUGGCAAUCUAUCAGCAAAUAGAUGAGCCUGAUUCUUUCUAUGGAGUAUCACAGCCAGCGACCAUCGAUUCUGUGCUCCAACGCCUCGAUCACGAACAAGACGGCUUCCGAAGCUUGAUGUUCCGAUCUGCACAGAUGGAUAGCCACAUGCGGCAUCUUCAUCGGGUGCCUGAGCGUGAUGCAGUAGGGAUGGUCCAAUCUCUUUCAGCACUGAACUUCAAUAGUCUGGCCUUUGCAAUGGUCACACAAGGCUUGGGCGAUCUGACAAGCUGCGCAGCGCCAAUGCUCAAUGCUGCGCAGACAUUGCAGCAGUGGGACAUUUCAGUGCCGGAUUCACGUAGUGAGGCAUUGCUUACCUUCAGCAUCCAUCAGGAACUCAGUCGAGCCAGUGACCUAGACCCCGUACGGAAAAAAUUACGCAAAGCAGUCUUGCAGCAUAUCACGAACAGACGCCAAGACGGCGAUGGAGCAAGUCCUACACAUGUAUGGUGUUCUGCAUUGGCUUCUCUCACAGAGAUCGGCGAAGUUAUCUCCAGCAGCAAUGAAGCCGAGAUGGUAUCAAGAUGGAGGGUGAUGCAAAACAGGCAGGAUUGGAUGCAAAUGGCACGAUUCCAAGAGGUCAAGCCGUUCCUGGCGAAUCGACAAACACUAUUCGGAGUCAUUAGACAAAACGCUGCCCUGCAGAAAGGCCUGCAUCUAGACGAGAGGCGCUGCCGUGCUUUUGAAGUCGAGGCCCUUCUGGCAAGCUCUGGUCUGGCUCGCGAGCAUUCUCAACUGCAGGAUGCGUUGACGGCCACGGCAACAUUGAGCGAUAUGAUCGAGCAUUGCAGUGCUGUCAAUCUGAGAAUCGCUGGUGCAGUGAAACUGGAGACAGCGACUGUCUUGUCUGAGGCGGGCGAAAUGACAAUCUCAGUGAAGAUGCUGAAAGACACCCUCGGCAUGUCAGACCUAGACAGCCAAGAAUUACAGGUCGGGAGAGCCGGCCUACUUGCUCAGCUGGGACAUCAAAUGGCCGAGGCGCGAUUGGAGAAACCUGAGGACAUUCUCGACCGAUACCUGACCCCUGCCGUGAACGAGCUGCAUGAACACCCCGACCAGAAACAGGCUGGCAAGGUAUACCACGAGCUUGCUAGCUUUUGCGACAAGGAGCUGCAGAAUCCUGGCAACGUUGAGAACCUCAAUCGCAUCACUAAACUCCGUCAAGCCAAAGAAGAGGAAAUUGAAGCGUAUAAUCAGGCGAUACAGGUCGCGAAGAGAAGUGGAGGCGAUCGGACUAAUCAGCUGAACAGAUCACUCGUGCAGGCCAAGACCUGGCUUGCCAUUGACCGGAGCGAGGAGCAACGUCUCCAAGCAACCAAACAACAGCUGGUCUCUCUGAGCUUGCAGAACUACCUCCGAGCUCUUGCCAAUUCCGACGCGUAUGAUCUCAGCGUCCUCCGAUUCUUCGCCAUGUGGCUCGAGAAUACUGGCGACAUGGAAGCUGAUAAAAUGGUAGCUCGGUAUCUGCCCAGGGUAUCGAGCUGGAAGUUUGUUCGCCUUAUGAAUCAGCUCAUGACGAAACUUGAAGACGGCGUUUCGUCGUUUCAACAAGCGCUAGGAGCACUGAUGUUGCGCAUCUUCAAAGAGCAUCCUUACCACAGCAUCAACCAUCUUUUCGCGGCUUGUCAGAAGCCGAAAGGCACAAACAUCGAUUCGGCCGCGCAGGCUCGCUACAGCAUCGCCAUGCAGAUCCAGAAAGAUCUGCAAUCAUCUCAGAAUGGGAAGCUCGGUGAAGUCGUCAAGAACAUCUUCCGUGCCAACCUGAGGUAUAAGAACCUAGCCGACAGAGCGCCGGAUCAGUCUCAACAAGGCACCAAGGUGCCCAUCUCUGAAGUACCGGAGGCAGGGGGCAUUGUGAAUUCAGGUACAAUCAAACAUCUGCCGCCUAUCACGCUGGCAAUCCCGCUCAGGCCUAGUGGUGAUUAUGAUGAUGUCCCCAAAGUCGCCAAGUUUGGUGGAGACGUCUCGAUCAUGGGCGGCUUGAGUGCACCGAAAAUGCUCAAGCUCUGGGACACAGCAGGUAAGGAGCACAAGCAGCUGUUCAAGAGCGGCAAGGAUGAUUUACGGCAAGAUGCCAUCAUGGAGCAAGUCUUUGAGGAGGUCAGCAACAUGCUUCGCAACCACAAAGCCACACGGCAGCGUGACCUGAAGGUGCGGACGUACAAAGUCAUUACGCUGGCGAAGACGUCGGGCGUCAUUGAAUUCGUCCCGAACUCGAUCCCUCUGAACGACUUUCUGCGGCCUGCACAUAAGAAGUACUAUCCGGCCGACUGGAAUGAUAAUCAGGCGAGGACGCUAAUCUCGAAUGCGUGGGACGGCGGGGCGGGAAGCCAAGCCGAUCGCAUCAAAGCUUUCCAGAAAGUGUGCUCCAAGAUGCAUCCUGUUAUGCGCCACUUCUUUUUCGAGAGAUUCACAGAUCCCGACGAAUGGUUUCAGAAGCGAACGGCAUAUACUCGUACGACAGCGAGUGUGUCCAUUCUCGGCCACAUCAUCGGCCUCGGCGAUCGUCACUGCAGCAACAUCCUGCUUGAUGAAAAGACGGGAGAAGUUGUGCACAUCGAUCUCGGCGUGGCUUUCGAAGCAGGCAGAGUGCUCACGAUCCCCGAACUCAUCCCCUUCCGCCUGACUCGCGACAUUGUGGAUGGCAUGGGCGUCACCAAGACCGAAGGAGUUUUCCGCCGCUGCUGCGAGUUCACUCUGGACGCCGUGCGCGAAGACAAAGAGAGCAUCAUGACCCUUCUCAACGUCCUGCGCUAUGACCCGCUCGUUGAGUGGUCUGUCUCGCCACUGCGGGCCAAGCGCAUGCAAGAGGAAAGCAAUCGGAUCAACAAUGGGAUGAUUGGGGGUGAUGCGGAGAACUCAAGCAAGAAGCGGGCGCAUUCUGCUGGCGAAGCUGAUCGUGCACUGGCGAUCGUGGAGAAGAAGCUGGCGAAGACGAUGAGUACGACUGCGACUGUCAAUGAGUUGAUUCAGCAGGCGAGUGACGAGAAGAACCUGGCGCUGUUGUUCCAAGGAUGGGCGGCGUUUUUCUAG